AGCUAACCUGUCCAUGGCAAAGAUAGUUGUGAGCGCUAUAUUCUAAAACAGUGUUGGCUUGAGAGCAGACAUGGAUCCUGAAGAUGCAGAAGAAGUGGUGGCCGAGUUGCAUGGACAAACUGUGGAUGCUUGGGCUCUUGCCCAGAUCGCAGCAGGCACCGGGUUGGCCGCCUACCUGGUAUGGGCAGGCGUUCUCAUGCCCGGAUUCCGAAAAGUGCCUUUACGGUUACAGGUGCCCUAUGUCCCAGCCAGCAUGAAGCAAGUGGAAAGCGUGAUGUCGCUGCUGAAAGGACGCUCAGGGAAGAUGGUGGAUUUGGGGUCAGGAGAUGGCAGAAUUGUCUUGGAAGCCUACAAGCAAGGCUUCAGGCCGGCUAUUGGCUACGAACUCAACCCCUGGCUGCUGCGGCUCUCCAACUAUCACGCCUGGAAGGCUGGGUGCUACGGAAAGGUUUCUUAUCGCCAAGAGGAUCUUUGGAAGGUGAAGCUAUCAGACUGUAAGAACGUAACGGUGUUUCUGGCUCCCAGCGUGCUUCUGCUUCUGGAAAGAAAACUGCUUCUGGAGCUUCCUGAUGAUGCUCGGGUCGUUGCCGGGCGCUUUCCCCUCCCCAGCUGGGCCCCCGUCGACAUGGCCGGGGAAGGCAUGGACCAAGCUUGGGCCUACGAUAUCAAGGCUGUACGGCAAGCUGAGCAGAAUAAACCGGAGGGAAGCCCAGUGUGAGGCACGACCAGCUUGGAAGCACACAUUUUUGCAAGACACUCAAGUGUCAUUUCGUGACGUUCUUAAGACAAGAUGUACUUUUUCCCCGUCGUGAAACCACACGGCCCCCAUGAACUGCAGCGCGGGUGGGCGCAACGAGGAGAUGAUGGCUUGGUCAGAGAAAUCCAAAACCAAGCCCUGCCAAUUCUAGAAAUUCUUUAUGACCUCUGCAACAGCUUGGAUAGAUAAACCAUUCGCUUUGGUUUAGUGUACAUCAUUUUGUUUAAUUUAUUUGUAACAAACUCUCAUAAUACAUUUUUUUAUAACUCCUGUGUUUAUGGAA